AAGACUACAGCAUUGCAUAUGUUUAUCCUGGAUCUGAACACAGAUUUGCAUGGCAUGAUUAUUUUACAAUACCAGUUGAAAGUUACAAAUACUUUCCUUUCAUUCUCCUCUUCACCUCUGAUAUCACCUCUAUUAAAUCAGAAACUAUUUCUAAUCUGGUUAAAGAUGACUGGACCUACAACCCAUAUUUUUACUUUCAACAAGAUGUUCGUCUUAACCUUUAUAAUAUUAAACAUACUACUAACCCAGACCCAAAACCCCUUCCACAUUCAUCACAUCUAUGCUUUAACAGAUUUCUCAGAUACUAUAACUUGCCAACACUGCCUGAACUACAAACUAUUAUCUUAUUUCUCAAACACCUUAGCCUUUUUGGUUAUAAUCUAGAAAACUCUCAUUUCAAUACCCUUAUUAUUUCUAUUAAAAAAGACUACUUUGAAGCACAUAUAUAUCUACCUUUCGAACCUAAACCACUACCAAAUCAUUUUGUCCCACUUAGAGAAAAUCUGAAAUAUUAUCAAAAUAUUACUCUUAAAUCUAAUAGCCAUAUUAUAUUCAAUACACUAACAGACCUUUUCUUAGCAACUCCACCAUCAAUAUCUGAAUCUCUCACUGCAGAACUACAACUACUAUACCACAAUCAGCAGCAUCACCAGCUACUCCAAAUCUACUCUCAUCACCAGAUAUACUUAUACCAACUCAACUAUCAUUAUUUGAAUUACCAAACCCAAGCUCUAAUACUAUAA